GCCACCGCCCGCCCGCCCGCCCGCCCGCUCAAAAUCACAACUGCUAGUUUGAGUUCGGAGGGAUUAACACGCAUCUUCAUAGUCGGAUCGGUGAAUCGGUUUUGUUUCAUCAAAUCAUUUAGCACUAGGUGCUGCAUAUUUGCCCUUUGGUCGGAGUUGAAAUAACUUUCAGUACGUGGUUAUCAUUGCUGCCUCUGAUAACUGUUCGUGAUAGAGGAGUGAAACACUAUUUUUAUAAGUUAGACGAUGAAUUCUUGUUGCCAUGUUUAUGAUGAAGUAGACUCUGAUGAAGAUGAUAAGAUGACACUGAUACAAUUUAAGGACAGACACAAGAAACAUGGUGAUGAUGAAGAAGUUGGAAGUGAUGAGGAUGAUAAGAUGCCUUUGACACUACUUAAGGAUAGGCGCAAAAAACAUGGUAAUGAUGAAGAAGUUGGAAGUGAUGAGGAUGAUAAGAUGCCUUUGACACUACUUAAGGAUAGGUGCAAAAAACAUGGUGAUGAUGAAGUUGGCAGUGAUGCAGAUGAUAAGAUGACUCUAGGAAAACUCAAGGACACUUGCAAAUCCAAGAAAAGGGAACUUACAAGUCAUCCAGAUACAAGCCGCAAACAGGAAGAUGUUAAUUUCCAGUCAGAUGAAGAUGAUGAUCUCAAUGCCCAUCUCAGUUUUUCAAAAUCAAAACUUACAAAGAGUACAAAAGCUAAAAUGAGGUGCAUCAAGAGGCAUCUUUUUGGCUUUCCUAAAACUGUUAUGUCAGUCAAAACUGAACAGGUUCGGGUUUCAGAUGUUCCAAUCCAAUUAAAAGAGGAUUCACCUGUAUUCUCAAAUAUCAAAGCUGAGAUUCCUGAACCUGAGUUCUUUGGGAGCCAAAUCUCAAAUUUGUUAGUUGACAGUUCCUCAUCAGAAGUCUCUAUGUUAUUGAAGGAGCAUUCAUUGCCACUAGUGAAAGUCAAAACGGAGACUUUUGAGUCUGAGUCCUUUGGACAAAAAAGUAGCAAGACUUUUAUUGGUCGUUCGCCUGUUUGCUGUCAUGAGGGAUCAAGUUCUGCUAAAGUUAUAUCCAGUGAAGUUGCAGAAAUUGUUGAAAGGAAGCAUAACACAUCUAUACAGGUAGAAGAACAACAAUACUGUAUGCUUAAUUACAUGUCCUAUGAACACUUGAAGUAUCUUGAUCCUGAAUCUUCCCCUAAAAGUUGUGGGGAUAUGCAUGCAAAUAAUCUCAAGAAAAGCUUUGAGACAGAAGUAGACUUGCUGUCACAUCCUCAUGGAGGCUUUCUGGAAACAAUAUCACCUGCCAGGGAUAAAAAUUUAGACGUGCAUUCCCAUCAGCAUGAGUUUGCAGAGCAACGAAACUGUCUUGAAUCUCAUAUUUCUGAUACAAUUAUUGUUAACAAAGAUGGUUUCACCAACAACUAUGACAGUGAUGAUAUUUGCAUAUCUGAAGAUGAAGUUGAUUGUACCAAUCUUGGAUCUCAUGUUUCUGACACAGUACUUGCUAAUAAAGUUGGUUGCACCAAUCAUUCUACUGCUAGCCCUUUUAAGAAAUGUAUUGCAUCUGGGGAUUCCCAUUCUUGCUCAAACACUAAUAUUAACUUAGAAUCAGUUGAAGGCACAACCACUUAUGAGGAUCAACUUUCAAAUUGUUAUUCGGCUGAUCCAACAAACGGUUGCUUAGAUCCUGGAAAUGCUUACACAGGAAAGUUUCCGACUGCAUGUAAGGUUAAACGGAAACAUACUGAAAGUAAACAUCCUGCUGAACACCCACACAUGGCCAGUUCUAGUAUAGAUAAAAAAUCGAAACUAUCUACUCAGGUUUGUCAGGCAAAAGUUACCAUAGACCCUAAUGAGACUGCUAAAAGAUUGAAAAAAAGAAGAAAAGGUUCUCCACCUGACGGCAAUUUAGAGUGUCAUAAUCUUUCUCAAUCUCUACCCAAAUUUAGCACAGGCUGCACCUCUGUUCAACAUUUUUCUGCAAGUGCAAUAGCAUUUUCAGAGCGGCAGAUGCAUGACAUUGAGUCACUUGCAGUGAAGCUCAUGAAAGAGUUGAAUUCCAUGAAGGACAUAGUAGAAGGACAGUUGCAAUUUCAAGCAUGUAGUAGUGCUUCACUGAAAAAUGAAGUAGAUAAGGUGAGAGUCGCAAUACAGAAUGCAAAUAAAGUUGAAGAAAAAGCUAGAAGAUGGCUUUAUACGAUGAAUAGGGACUGCAUCCGAUUUUGUAAACUCAUGGAAAUUAGUCAGAAUGAUGCUGCUCCUUCCAAGGACACUGCCCACAGAGCGAGAAAAAUUACAUUUGCUGAUGAAGCAGGCGGUAUUCUCUGUCAUGUGAACUAUAUCGGUGAUGCCACGAACUCUAAGCAGUCUGAUGAUGGAAAACAAGAAGAUUAAAAUGUAAUUAUGAAGGGAUGGCUCAUUUUGGAAUUAAUCUAUAUCUAUUAUCAUAAUAGAUAAUUCUCCGAGCCUCUCUACAUCGUACUGAUUCUGAAGUAAGUUUUGAUCUAUUUUUCUCUGUACAGGAAAAAAAACACAGCUUGCCUUAUUCUCGUUUAUUUUCCAUUGCAUCAAUUUUGAAGUGCAGUCUGCACUGCUGACUGAAAAUUUCACUGUUAUGCAACUUGAAUAUGCUUUUUGGUUCUAUA